GUGGCUGUACAGUAGAUGGAAUUUAUCACCCAGACGGUAGCAAGGUUUCUGGUAUCGGCCAUACUGUUUGUGAUAAUUGUUAUUGCAUUAAAGGUCUCGUAAGAUGUGAGCCGUUAUCCUGUGCACCACCGUUAUUAGGAUGUGCUCCUGUAAUCAAAGCCGGAGAGUGCUGCGCAGCCAGCUACAAUUGCAGUGGCACUAUAGAAAUUCAUCCAGAACCAUUCUACGGGAAAUUUCCCGUUAUAAGUAAAGAUUACGCAAAGUUACGGAAGGAAGUGAAUAAAAAACAACUAGCAAAUACUGGAAUCAAAGUAACUGUGUCGCCAAAUACAGCUCAUUUCAAGCAAAGAAGUCCAGGAACAACAAGACAUUUCACUGGUAUUCCAUUCGACGCUAGCACUGUUGUGCCAUCUCUGUACCAUGACGUAGCAAGAGCUGAAGUUGUUACGAGAAAGUUUCACUUGAAGAAAAAUAAUACAGAAUUUCAUCACAUCGAGAAUAAACAUAUGUUGACAGAUACUCAGAAAAAAAAUUUGGAAACUACAACCCUAGACUAUAAUUCAAUUGAAGAAUAUAAUAUCAAAUCUUCUGAUUACCUAGACUUCCUUCAUAAAAAUAUAUUCAGCCUUUUUGAAUCGCCAACGGAGGACGGGGAUAGUAAUAUCGCUGCUACAACUACAGAACUAGACAGUGAAACUAUAACUACAGAAAUACCUUCAACCACUGAAUUUGUGAAAGAUAUUUCUGCAGAAUCUACUUUCACUACAUUUUUUGAAGAGUCGACUGAAAUAGUCACCCAGACAUCUGAUAACUCCUCUAUUUCGCAUAAAUUUCCCUCCAACAUGUCUCACCCAAUCACAGUAAAAUCGGUGGUAAAGUCUACAGAUUGUAUCCAAAGCAUGGACAAUGCGGUUGAGAGACAUACAAACGAUUCAUUGAAUUUGAAUACCGGAGUUCAAAAAACAGCAAGUGAAGCCGAAUUCAGUUCAACAGUGAACGAUGAUUCUCCCAACACAACCACAGAUCUUUUCAUUAAAGUGGACAGUAAACUGAAACUAAAUGCCACAACUACCAGAAUUAUUCCCGUUUCCGCAGUACUCUCUAAUAAAAGUAAACCCAAAAUAUCGGAUUAUGACUACGACUAUAAUGAACCAAGUCUACCACCGAGUCUACCAAAUUUGAG